AAAAAUUAGAAUCUCAACAAAUAAUGACAGUCACGACAUGAAGCUUCAGGUAAGCAACGCAAGCAAAGAAGAAAAACGCAAUACCUUUUCAGAAAAAUAGUUGGAAUACAGCAAGCAAGGGCACAAGAAUUUCUGCAGCGAUAAGCUCCAACGAUGGUUUGCGGUGGUAUUGGCUCCUUUGCAACUUUGAGAUUCAAGAAAUACCGCAAAAUAAAGGAGACGAAGUUUUACAUACUCCCAAAUCCCAGGAACAGGAAACAAACAGCAAGCACCGAGCAGAGAUUGCUCGUCAAGAAUGAAGAGGUUGCACUUCCUCACUUUGCUGGCCCUCGAAGCAACCCAUUGCCAAGCAAUCAAAUUAGGAUCCAUCACAGACCUUUACACUGCCAACAACCUCAUAACUUCUUAUGCUAGAUGCACAAAAUUACCUCUCGCCCACAAACUCUUCGACGAAAUGCCCCACAGAGACACUGUCUCUUGGAACUCCAUCAUUUCUGCUUAUGCUAACUCUGGUGACCUGGACACUGCGUGGCAGCUCCUCAGUGCCAUGAGAAGGCUUGCACUUGCCCUUGACAGCCACACAUUCGGAAGCAUUCUUAAGGGUGCUGCCCGUUCUUGUGAGCUCGAGCUCGGGCAACAACUACAUUCCGUUAUGCUCAAGAUGGGACUAUUAGAAAACGUGUUUUCUGGUAGUGCUCUCUUGGACAUGUAUGCCAAGUGUGGGAGAGUUGAUGAUGCCUUUGUUGUGUUCAGGUACAUGCCGGAACGCAAUUAUGUGUCGUGGAACACACUAGUUUCCGGCUAUUCACGAGUUGGCAAUCGUGACAUGGCAUUUUGGGUGCUAAAGUGUAUGGAGGUUGAGGGUGUGGAGAUUGAUGAUGGCACUAUGUCUCCACUUUUGACAUUGCUUGAUGAUCCUGAGUUUUAUGGGUUGACAAUGCAGUUGCAUUGUAAAAUUGUGAAACAUGGGCUUGAAUUGUUUAACACUGUCUGCAAUGCUGCCAUCACGGCAUAUUCUGAGUGCUGUUCUUUGCACGAUGCUGAGAGAGUGUUUGAUGGUGCUGUUGCGUGUCAUGAUUUGGUUACGUGGAAUUCUAUGCUUGGUGCUUAUUUGAUGCACAAGAAAGAAGAUCUUGCGUUUAAAAUUUUUGUCGAUAUGCAGAAUUUUGGGUUUGAACCUGAUGCUUAUACUUACACUGGCAUUGUCAGUGUUUGUUUUGUGCAUGGGCAUAAAGGCUAUGGAAAAUCUUUGCAUGGUUUGAUGAUAAAAAGAGGGCUUGAAGAUUCUGUGCCUGUUUCUAAUGCUUUGAUUGCUAUGUAUAUCAGAUUUAAUGAUAGGUACAUGGAAGAUGCGUUGAGAAUCUUCUUUUCCAUGGAUCUCAAAGAUUGCUGCACUUGGAACUCGAUUCUGGCAGGGUUUGUACAAGUUGGUUUGAGUGAAGAUGCCUUGAGGUUUUUUUUGCAGAUGAGAUCACUGCUCAUGGAAAUUGACCACUAUACUUUUUCAGCUGUCAUAAGAUCGUGUUCGGAUUUAGCAACACUACAGUUAGGUCAACAGGUUCAUGUCUUAGCACUUAAAGUAGGCUUUGAUACCAAUGAAUAUGUUGGGAGUUCUUUAAUCUUCAUGUAUUCUAAAUGUGGGAUCAUAGAAGAUGCUAGCAAAUCUUUUGAAGAUUCUUCCAAAGACAAUGCAAUCAUUUGGAAUUCGAUCAUCUUUGGGUACGCACAACAUGGACAAGGAAACGUUGCACUUGACCUCUUUUACUUAAUGAGAGAUAGAAAGGUGAAACCUGAUCAUAUAACCUUUGUUGCAGUUCUAACUGCAUGUAGUCAUAGUGGGCUAGUAGAAGAAGGCUGCAACUUUAUAGAGUCUAUGGAAUCUGAUUUUGGUGUUCCACCACGAAUGGAGCACUAUGCUUGUGCAAUUGAUCUCUAUGGUAGGUCAGGGCAUCUUGAGAAGGCAAAAGCUUUGGUUGAAAAUAUGCCUUUUGAACCUGAUGCAAUGGUGUUGAAGACUUUACUAGGUGCCUGUAGAUUUUGUGGUGAUAUUGAAUUAGCUAGUCAAGUAGCAAAAGCUUUGCUAGACCUGGAGCCUGAAGAGCACUGCACUUACGUUAUACUCUCUGACAUGUAUGGGUGUCUCAAGAUGUGGAAUGAGAAGGCUAGUGUAACAAGGCUUAUGCGAGAAAGAGGAGUGAAAAAGGUUCCUGGUUGGAGUUGGAUAGAAGUGAAAAAUAAAGUGCAUGCUUUCAAUGCUGAAGAUCACUCCCACCCCCAAUGUGAGGAGAUAUAUGUACUACUGCAACAAUUAAAUGAGGGAAUUAAGUUGUUUGAUAAUUUUCGUAAAUCAAACAAUGUCUGCAAUGUUCAGAUGAUGUAGAUGGUUAUGAUGAUCAACAGUUCUUGUGAUUCUUGUAUUUUGUUUGAUGGGUUUAGUUGGAAGCUUUCAAGAGCAGGGUGCACUGACUCUUUUCACAAGAUGCCAACAUGAACUUAAUAGCUAAGGGAAACAUCAAAUGUGUGCACCUUUAAAGAAUAGAUUAUUCUCAUUAUAAGAUUUGCUUUUGCAACAGCAUAGUAAGAUAUACUGGCAAUGGGGUGGAACCAGGUGGAUAUCUUGCUGGCUUCUGUUAUUCUGGUUGUAGUUGUUAAAACUGCUGUUGCUGUUAUAGUUACGAAGGCUUUGGUUAUAGCCUUCGGACAUCAUUUAUUGUUGGUAUCUCACUUGCUCAAAUUGGAGAAUUUGCUAUGGGUUUCAACCCCACUUUUGUUUCAGUUGAUAACUGUCAUGAAUGUCGUGGUCUCAUGCACUGGUUCCCCUCUGAAAGUAACACACAAGAUGAGGAGAAAGCUUCACUUAAUGAAGCAAACAGAAUGUCGUGAGACUUCAAGUUUUCAAGACAUCAAAUCAAAUAGUAUAUUGGAGGCAAUUAUCUACUUUUUGGUGGCCAGUGAAAUCAUGAUUUCUUUACUGUGUUUCUGAUGUAAGUUCCGUGAUGAGCUUCACGUGAAACAUUCGGCAUAUUCACUUCCAUUGAAAGUUAAUGGAAGAUCUUGUGUAGAUAGGCAUAUGAUUUUUGUAUUCUUUGAGCAAUGUAUAUAGGAAAUUACACGCCAGUUGUUGCUUACGCUAUUACUAUCACAUCAUAAGCUGGUUUGCCUAUAUUUGCUGC